AUGAGUGAGCAACAGGUUCCAGCGUCCGUUGCACAACGGGUUAUAAUAAAGUUUUUAACUAAGGAAGGCGUUAAACCGUGCGAAAUUUUGACUCGAUUGAAGGUUCAGUAUGGGGAUGAUACUCUGUCUAAAACUCAAGUGUUUGAUUGGGCCAAAAAGUUUAAGAGUGGACGAGAAAGUGUGGAAAAUGUGAGUCAUAAUCGACAUCCAAGAUCAAGCGUCUCUGGUGACAACAUUGGUGCAGUUUGUGACCUUAUUGAAGGUGACAGGCGGCUCACUAUUCAUGAAAUCGCUUUACAGGUGGGCAUUAGCUAUGGAAGUGCUCAAACAAUCAUUAAAAAUCAUCUUGGUUUCAAAAAAAUCUGUGCCCGAUGGGUCCCAAAGUUGUUGAACGAAGAUCAAAAAAACAUCCGACUGCAAAUCAGUAAGAGACAUCUGAAUCGAUUUCAGCGGGAGGGAGAGACUUUUUUGAGGCAUAUCGUGACAUGUGAUGAAACAUGGGUGCAUCAUUACACUCCCGAGUCCAAGAUGGCGAGUAAAGAAUGGCGAAGAAAAGACGAAGCCGGUCCUGUGAAAGCCAAAACCCGUCUCUCAGCCGGUAAGGUCCUCGCGACCGUCUUUUUCGACUACAGAGGAGUGUUGCUCAUUGAUUUCCUACAUGACCGACGUACGGUUAACGCUGCCUACUACUGCCAGCUGUUGGAGGCAGCAAAAGCCGCUUACAGAAGCAAAAGACGCGGUGUCCCCAUCAGAAACGUCAUCCUUCUUCAUGACAAUGCCAGGCCACAUACGGCGGGUGAAACGAAACAAAAACUGGAGGAUAUGCAUUGGGAAACCCUUGAGCAUCCUCCAUACAGCCCAGAUUUGUCACCCUGUAACUAUCAUUUGUUUGCGCCCAUGAAAGAUGCUCUUGGAGGAUUGCGAUUUGACAACGGUCAAGAUGUUGAGGAAUUCGUGCGCAAUUGGUUGGUGACUCAACCUCAAAGUUUCUACGAGCAAGGAAUUAACAAGCUUCCAAACCGCUGGGAAAAAUGUGUAGAGCGUGAAGGAGACUAUGUAGAAAAAUAA